AUGUCGGCGCCCCUGGCCGCGUCCGGCUCGGAGCCGGACCUCGGCGCCGUGUCGACGAAGACCGUGGACGCCGAGGGCAACGCGACGGUCGUGACCGUCGCGUCGGGCAGCGUCGCGUCGGCCCCGGCGCCCGUGCCCGAGCCGGAGCCCCUGCCGGCGAACAUGAAGGCGCAGCUCGACAAGGCGAGGAAGGCCGAGGAGAAGUACGAGAAGUCGCCCUGGAGCACGAACAAGCUCAGCGAGGCGCUCAAGUGCUACGAGACCGUCCUGGAGUUCUACGACGCGACGCCCGCGUGGGCGGACCACCUCGACGUCGCUAAACUGCUCGUGGCCAUGGGCGACUGCAGUCGAAAGAAGAACGCGCAGGGCGUGGAGAAGGCGCUGGCCAUGUACGAGCGCGGCUACGCGAUCCUCGAGAAGCGCCUCGGGCCCGAGUCCAUCGAGCUCGUGGAGCCCAUGGAGAAGAUGGCCGGCGUGCUCGUCAAGGCCUUCUCCGGCGAGUUCGCGAACGCGGAGAAGCUGCUGCGGCGCUGCGUGCAGCUCAUCGAGCAGCACCGCGGGCCCGACGACGCGUCCAUGGCGGCGGCCUGCGUCGACCUCGGCGCCGUGCUGCGGAAGAUCGGCUCGUGCGACGAGGCCGUGGCCGUCGAGGAGCGCGCGGUCGCCGUCCUCCUGAAGACGGCGCCGGACAAGCCCGACGCGGGCGUGCUCCAGGGCGCCGUCGCGCUGGCCGUCUGGAAGCUCGGCGACCUGCCCAAGGCGACGACGACGAUGGAGGCGGCCUGCGCAGAGCUCGCCAAGUUCCCCGACAUGUCCGAGAAGCCGCCGACGAACCACUACAUCGUCAUGCUCCAGAAGAUGAAGGCCGGCGAGGACCGGCCCAUCACGCCCGAGUAG